AUGGGUCUUAACCUGGAGGAAAUCUAUGGCACACAAUUAGUCGAAGAGCAACAGCCUCAGGAGUAUUCCGAGUACCAGCCGAAGAAGGGGUAUGGCUGGGCACAGACGCUGCCCGAGAGGCAGGGUCUGUAUGACCCCGAGUACGAGAAGGAUGCCUGUGGUGUAGGCUUUACUGCUCAUAUCAAGGGCAAAGCUAGUCACAAGAUCGUCAGCGAUGCUCGCAACCUGCUUUGCAACAUGACACACCGUGGUGCUGUUGGUUCCGACGCCCGCGACGGUGAUGGUGCUGGUGUGAUGACCAGUAUUCCGCACAAGUUCUUCGUCAAGAAUUUUGCUCGGGAUGUCGGUGUCGAGCUGCCUCCGCUAGGCCAGUACGCGGUGGGGAACCUGUUCUUCAAGCCUGAUGAAGAGGCGCUUAAGCAGUCCACGGCCUCCUUCGAGGAGAUCGCGAACUCGCUCGGUCUGCGCGUGCUGGGCUGGCGUGAGGUGCCGCGCGAUUCCACCAUCCUGGGUCCCGCUGCCCUGUCGCGCGAGCCCAUCAUCAUGCAGCCCUUUGUCGUGCUCCAAGACGCCUAUGGUGCCGGCACCAAACCGGAGAUCACCGACCCGGAGAAAUUUGAUGACCGCACCUUUGAGCGCCAGCUCUACGUUCUUCGUAAGCGUGCCACUCAUGUCAUUGGCCUUGCCAACUGGUUCUAUCUCUGCUCCCUAAGCAACCGCAACAUCAUCUACAAGGGCCAGCUGGCCCCCGUCCAGGUUUACCAGUACUACCAUGAUCUGGUAAACGUCGACUAUGAGGGCCACUUCGCCCUCGUCCACUCGCGCUUCUCCACCAACACUUUUCCCUCGUGGGAUCGCGCCCAACCUCUGCGCUGGGCCGCCCACAACGGUGAGAUCAACACUCUGCGCGGCAACAAGAACUGGAUGCGUGCUCGUGAGGGUUUGAUGAAGUCUGACAUCUUCGGCGAGGAGCUUGACUCGCUCUACCCCAUCAUCGAGGACGGUGGUUCCGACUCGGCUGCCUUUGACAAUGUUCUCGAGCUGCUCAUGAUCAACGGUGUGCUCUCUCUCCCCGAGGCGGUCAUGCUCAUGGUCCCCGAGGCCUGGCAGGACAACCCGGCCAUGGACCCCGCCAAGGCUGCCUUCUAUGAAUGGGCUGCCUGCCAGAUGGAGCCCUGGGAUGGUCCCGCCCUCUUCACCUUCUCUGACGGUCGCUACUGCGGCGCCAACCUGGACCGUAACGGUCUGCGUCCCUGCCGUUUCUACGUCAUGGAUGACGACCGCAUCAUCUGCGCCUCUGAGGUUGGUACCAUCGAUAUUGACCCGGAACGUGUCAUUCAGAAGGGCCGUCUGCAGCCGGGUAAGAUGCUACUUGUCGACACAGUCGCCGGUCGCAUCAUUGACGACACCGAGCUGAAGCAGACCGUCGCCCAGCGUCAUAACUUCCAGGCCUGGCUCGACAAGGAGCUGCUCAAGCUGCCCGCCAUCGAUCAGGCCCUGCGCAACCAGAACGUCGAUUUGAGCUUCGCACUCGAUGCCACGACUAUCCAGAAUGAUCCCCGCCUCAAGGCCUUUGGUUACUCCUUCGAGCAGGUCACUCUCCUCCUCGGCCCCAUGGCUGCCGACUCCAAGGAGGCCCUGGGAUCCAUGGGUAAUGACGCCCCGCUGGCUUGCAUCUCUCCUCAGCCCCGUUUAAUCUAUGAGUACUUCCGUCAGCUCUUCGCCCAGGUCACCAACCCGCCCAUUGACCCUAUCCGUGAGGCUGUUGUUAUGUCCCUCGAGUGCUACAUUGGCCCCCAGGGCAACUUGUUGGAGAUGGACCCGACCCAGUGCCACCGGAUGCUUCUCCGCUCGCCCAUUCUGAGCAUUCCGGAGUUCAAGGCCAUUCAGAAUAUCCACCAGGCUCACCCGGCGUGGACCGUCAAGGCCAUUGACAUCACCUUUGAGAAGCGCAAGGGCAUUUCAGGUUAUAUCGAGGCCCUCGACGCCAUCUGCGACGCCGCCACGGAGGCCAUCAAGAACGGUGACAAGAUUCUCAUUCUCUCCGACCGGGCCACCUCGGCCGACCGCGUCCCUGUGUCGACCCUCCUGGCCACGGGUCUCGUCCACCACCACCUCGUCCGCAACAAGUGGCGGUCGCUCGCGGCGCUGGUCGUCGAGACUGCCGAAGCUCGCGAGGUGCAUCACAUGUGCGUCCUGGUUGGUUACGGUGCAGACGCCAUCAACCCCUAUCUCGCCAUGGAAUGUAUCCUGAAGAUGAACCGCGAGAAGCUGAUCCGCAAGCCGCUUUCUGACGAAAAGAUCAUCGAGAAUUACAAGGCCUCCUGCGACGGCGGUAUCCUCAAAGUCAUGAGCAAGAUGGGUAUCUCUACUCUCCAGUCUUACAAGGGCGCUCAGAUCUUCGAGGCGCUCGGUAUCGAUGACAGUGUCAUCGACCGCUGCUUCGCUGGUACUGCGAGCCGCAUCCGUGGUCUGACCUUCGAGCUUAUUGCCCAAGAGGCCUUUGCCUUCCAUGAGAAGGGCUUCCCUGCCCGUGAGAUUGUGCAAAUUGCAGGUCUCCCGGAGUCCGGUGAGUAUCACUGGCGUGAUGGCGGCGAAGCCCACGUCAACGACCCCGUCAGCAUCGCCAACAUCCAGGAUGCCGUGCGCACCAAGAACGAUAAGUCAUACGAGGCCUACGCCCGCGCUGCGCACGAGGCCAUCAAGAACUGCACGCUCCGCGGCAUGUUGGACUUUGACUUUGAGCAACGAAACGCCAUUCCCAUCGACCAGGUCGAGCCAUGGACUGAGAUUGUGCGCCGCUUUGUCACCGGUGCCAUGUCCUACGGUUCCAUCUCCAUGGAAUCCCACUCCACUCUGGCCAUCGCCAUGAACCGCCUUGGCGGCAAGUCCAACACCGGUGAAGGUGGUGAGGACCCGGAACGCAGCAAGCGCCUCGAAAACGGCGACACCAUGCGCUCCUCCAUUAAGCAGAUUGCUUCCGGCCGUUUUGGUGUCACCUCCAACUACCUGGCUGAUGCCGAUGAGUUGCAGAUCAAAAUGGCUCAGGGUGCCAAGCCCGGUGAAGGCGGUGAGCUUCCCGGCCACAAGGUUGUCGGCCCGAUCGCCCGCACCCGCCAUUCCACCCCCGGAGUGGGUUUGAUCUCUCCGCCGCCGCACCACGACAUCUAUUCGAUUGAGGAUUUGAAGCAACUUAUUUACGAUCUUAAAUGCUCUAACCCGCGUGCUCGUGUCUCUGUCAAGCUCGUCUCUGAGGUUGGUGUCGGUAUCGUCGCCUCCGGUGUCGCCAAGGCCAAGGCAGACCACAUCCUCAUCUCCGGUCAUGACGGUGGCACCGGUGCCUCUCGCUGGACCGGUAUUAAAUAUGCCGGUCUUCCCUGGGAACUAGGCCUGGCCGAGACCCACCAGACGCUAGUUUUGAACGAUCUCCGUGGUCGUGUUGUGGUGCAAACCGAUGGUCAGAUCCGUACCGGCCGCGACGUCGCCAUCGCCUGUCUGCUUGGUGCUGAAGAAUUCGGCUUUGCCACGACUCCUUUGAUCGCAUUAGGUUGCCUGAUGAUGAAAAAAUGCCACCUGAACACCUGCCCAGUCGGUAUUGCCACCCAGGAUCCCGAGUUGCGGAAGAAAUUCAAGGGUGCCCCGGAGCAUGUGAUCAACUUCUUCUACUACAUCGCCAAUGAAUUGCGUGCCAUCAUGGCCAAAUUGGGUGUUCGCACCAUUAACGAGAUGGUUGGCCGGGCGGAACUCCUCAAGGUCCGCGAGGAUAUCCGCAAUCCCAAACAGGAAAAGAUCGAUCUGUCGUUGAUCCUGACUCCUGCGCAUUCUCUGCGCCCUGGAGUUGCGACCUAUAACGUCCGCAAACAGGAUCACCGCCUGCACACCCGUCUGGAUAACAAGCUGAUUGCCGAAUCCGAGCUAGCGCUGGAGAAGGGUCUGCCUUGCCGGAUCGAGUGUGAUAUCGUCAACACCGAUCGGGCACUCGGUGCCACUCUCUCGUACCAGAUUAGUCGCCGCUACGGUGAGGCAGGUCUGCCGCAAGAUACCGUUCAUGCCAACAUCAAGGGUUCUGCCGGUCAGUCCUUCGGUGCGUACCUGGCACCCGGUGUCACCCUGGAACUCGAGGGUGAUUCCAACGACUAUGUUGGCAAGGGUCUGUCUGGUGGUCGUCUCAUCGUCUACCCGCCCCGCGGCGCUAGUUUCAAGGCGGAAGAAAACAUCAUCGUCGGAAACACCUGUCUGUACGGUGCGACCAGCGGUACCUGUUACUUCCGCGGUGUAGCUGCAGAGCGAUUCGCCGUCCGCAACUCGGGCGCCACUGCAGUGGUUGAGGGUGUCGGUGACCACGGUUGUGAGUACAUGACCGGUGGUCGCGUCCUCGUUCUUGGCUCCACUGGCCGCAACUUUGCGGCAGGUAUGUCUGGCGGUAUCGCCUACGUGCUCGACAUGAACCAAGACUUCCACUCCAAGGUAAACAUGGAGAUGGUCGAGCUCUCGGGCAUCGAUGACCCGGCUGAGAUCGCCUUCGUGCGCGGCCUCAUUGAGGAUCACCACCACUACACCGGCUCUGAGCGGGCGGCCCGCAUCCUCCUCGACUUCACCCGCGCGUUGCCCCAUUUCGUCAAGGUCCUCCCCACCGACUACAAGCGUAUCUUGCUGGAGGAGGCCGCCAAGGCUGAAGCUGCCAAGAAGGCCGAGUUCGCGCUGCCCCUGCUGCCCGCGGCUGCCGAGAAGCCUGCGGCUAAGGCUGAGGAGCCUGCUAAGAAGGCCGCCGAUCUGCUGGACAUCGAAGACAGCAUCAGCGACUCCAAGACUGAGAAGAAGCGCUCCGCGCUCAUCCUCGACAAGACUCGCGGUUUUAUGAAGUACAGCCGCCGCAGCGAGAAGUACCGUAACCCGGUCACUCGCACGCGCGACUGGGCUGAGCUGUCUAAUCGCCUCAGCGAGGACGAGCUCAAGUACCAGUCGGCCCGCUGCAUGGAUUGCGGUGUGCCCUUCUGCCAGUCGGACACUGGUUGCCCCAUUUCCAACAUCAUCCCCAAGUGGAACGAGUUGGUGUUCCAGAACCAGUGGCAGGAUGCUCUCAACCGUCUUCUGAUGACCAACAACUUCCCCGAGUUCACGGGUCGUGUCUGCCCCGCCCCUUGCGAGGGUGCUUGCGUCCUGGGCAUCAACGAGGACCCCGUUGGCAUCAAGUCAAUCGAGUGUGCCAUCAUCGACCGUGGCUUCGAGAUGGGUUGGAUGGUGCCCCGCCCUCCUAAGGUCCGUAGCGGCAAGACUAUCGCCAUCAUCGGCUCCGGCCCCGCCGGUCUCGCCGCGGCGGACCAGCUCAACCGCGCCGGCCACAGUGUGACCGUGUACGAGCGCGCGGACCGCAUCGGCGGUCUGCUCAUGUACGGUAUCCCCAACAUGAAGCUUGACAAGAAGGUCGUCCAGCGCCGUGUGGACCUGAUGGCUGCCGAGGGCAUCAAGUUUGUCACCGGUACCGCCGUGGGCGCGGAGAACGAUAUCUCGCUCCAGUCCCUGCGCGACUCCAACGACGCUGUCAUCCUUGCGACCGGCGCCACCGUGGCCCGUGACCUCAAGGUACCCGGCCGCGAGCUUGAUGGCGUUCACUUCGCCAUGCAGUUCUUGCAUAAGAACACCAAGUCCCUGCUCGACUCCGGUCUGGAGGAUGGCGCGUACAUCUCCGCCAAGGACAAGCACGUCGUUGUCAUUGGCGGUGGUGAUACCGGUAACGAUUGCAUCGGUACCUCGGUCCGCCACGGCGCCAAGUCCGUCGUCAACUUCGAGCUGCUGCCUCAGCCUCCCCCGGAGCGUGCGGGUGACAACCCGUGGCCCCAGUGGCCUCGCAUCUACCGUGUGGACUACGGUCACACCGAGGUCAAGACCCACAUGGGCAAGGAUCCCCGUGAGUACUGUGUCAUGUCCAAGGAGUUUGUCGACGACGGCAACGGCCGGGUCCGGGGUAUCAACACCGUCCGUGUGGAAUGGACCAAGAGCGCCACCGGCGGUUGGGACAUGAAGACCGUCGAGGGCAGCGAGCAGUUCUUCCCUGCCGACCUCGUCCUCCUUUCCAUGGGUUUCCUGGGUCCUGAGGACCGCCUUCUCGGCGACGUGAUCGAACGCGAUGCCCGCAAGAACGUCAAGACGCCUCCGGGCCGUUACUCUACCAACGUCGAUGGUGUCUUUGCUGCAGGUGACUGCAGACGCGGACAAUCUCUGAUUGUCUGGGGCAUCAACGAGGGUCGUCAGUGCGCCCGCGAAGUCGACUCGUUCCUGAGCGGCACCAGCUCUCAACUUCCCGUCACUGGCGGUAUUGUGCGUCGUCCUGCCAUCGAUGCUGUUCCGCAGAUCCAGGAGAUCCAGGUUGCCGCCGCUUAA